AUGCAGAACAUUGAUCCGCUGGAGUUCGCCAACAUCCUGGCCACCGAGCUGUGGUGUCAGCAGUUGGCAAACCUCGAGGGCCUCCAGUCGGGGGUACCAACCCGCACGACGGCGACCAUCACUCCAACCCAGCUGCGCAACUUCGAGCAGACAUACAUCGAGCUCACCAACUGCCGCGGCGAGCAGGCCAACCACGCGGGCUUCGUACCACCUUCCGUCACGCACGCCAACAAUUACGGCAUCCUGAAUACGGUGGGGUACUGCGAGUCGGGCCCGACGACGGCGCUGCACGUGUCGCCGGGCCCGCUCUCCACCAGCGACAGCAGCAGCAGCCCGAGCCUGCCCGCGCCCAAGCGCCGCAACAUGGGCGGCCGCCGACCAACCAAAGCGCCGCAAGACCUCACCCCCGAGGAGGAGGAGCGCCGCAAGAUACGACGCGAGCGCAAUAAAAUGGCCGCCGCCCGCUGCCGCAAGCGACGCCUAGACCACACCAACGAGCUCCAGGAGGAGACCGACAAACUCGAGGAGAAGAAACAGUCCUUGCAAGACGAGAUCCGCAAGUUGAACGCCGACCGUGAACACCUGCAGGCCUUGCUACAGAACCAUCUGCAGUCUUGCCGGCUCAACAAGCGUUCCACGAGUCCGCCCGAUGUGAAACCCUUCCAGGAUCCAUACGCGUAUCCCGACGUGCCUGAAGACGGUGUGCGUGUGAAAGUGGAAGUGAUGGACCCCGUGGUUGAUCCAGUGCUCGGGUUAGAUAAUGAUAUCUUCACAUCGCCGACGAAUGACAAAAGAAUAAUGCUGUCGGCGGCGAACCCUGCAGUGCUGACUAGCGGCGUUACCUCGCUGGACACGCCGCCAGUCACCACGCGCCCCAACCGCCCCAACUUCCUACACGUGCCCGUCAGCCUCACACCUGCGCAGAUUCACAACAGCAAAGCGCUUGGCAACAACAAGAUCGCCGGCAUCGAGAUCAGCACGCCGAGCAACGGCAUCCCCUUCAACUUUGACAGCCUGAUGGAGGGCGGCACGGGCCUGACGCCCGUGCACCCGCACCCGCACCCGUGCGCGCAGCAGCAGCGCGCCGCGCCCGACCUCGCCUCGCCCGACCACGGCAGCCUCGUCAGCCUCUGA